ACGCAGCCGCAUCUGGUUAACAGCCACGGAAGGGUUGCAUCGGGCAUAGCAGGAUUGUGGAGCGGGAUGUUGUGAACAUUGAAACCAGUGAAACCAUAUCGUUACAGACUGACAACAGAGACAGUUUCUGAUGUCAAGGUCACGACUUCACCAUGGGUUUUGCAGAACGUUAGCCUGCUUUUACUCUCAGCCUUAAGCUAUGGUGGCUUUGGGGACAACCCUGACCCUGCCUGCUGCCAUCCUCUGUGCCGUCCUGAUUGAGCUGGUGGAAGCAGUUCCUCCUCUGGACCCCUACAAAGUGCUGGGGGUCACCAAACAUGCCAGUCAGGCUGAAAUCAAGAAAGUCUACAAGCGCCUGGCAAAAGAAUGGCAUCCAGACAAGAACAAAAACCCAGAGGCUGAGGAUAUGUUCAUCAAGAUAACCAAGUCAUAUGAGAUCCUGUCCAAUGAGGAGAAGCGGUCCAACUACGACCGGUACGGACAGACAGAUGACACCCAGCCCCACAUGCACCACGGCCAACACCCCUUUCACCAUCACUUCUACUUCGACGAGUCCUUCUUCCACUUCCCCUUCAACAGCAAGGAUGGCAAAGACUUUGCUGAUGGCAAAUACAUGCUGCACUUCAAUCGGUACGUCAGUGACGUAGUGCCGGACAGUUUUAGGCGGCCGUACCUCAUCAAGAUCACAUCAGACUGGUGCUUUAGCUGCAUCCACAUGGAACCAGUGUGGAAAGAGAGUGUGCAAGAGCUGGAACCGCUGGGUGUGGGCAUAGGUGUGGUGGAUGUUGGUUAUGAGAGGCGGUUGGCUAACCACCUCGGUGCCCAUCGUACUCCGUCCAUACUGGGCGUUAUCAACGGCAAGGUGACCAUCUUCCACUACGCUGUACACAGACAACAUCUCCGGCAGUUUGUAGAGGACCUACUCCCUCAAAGACUAGUGGAAAGGGUGACCGAUCGGAAUAACCAGCCGUUUCUAAGCAGCUGGCAUGAAAUCAACAAACCCCAUGUCCUUCUCUUCGACCAAGUGUCCAUUGUUCCACUGCUGUACAAGCUGACUGCAUUUGCCUAUAAGGACUAUGUGCAAUUUGGAUACGUUGAUCAGGGUCUCACAGAAACCGCCAACCUGCUGAGACGGUUCAACAUCAACACCUACGCUCCCACAAUGCUCGUCUUCAAGGAGAACACAGACAAGCCUGCAGACAUCAUUCAGGCUAAAGGGAUGAAAAAAGCGAUAAUUGAUGAAUUCAUAUCGAACAACAAGUUUUUACUCGCUCCUCGACUAGCCAAUCAAAAGGUGUUUGAUGAACUGUGCCCUGUAAAACAGUUUCACCGGCGCAGAAAAUACUGUGUGUUGUUAAUCACGAGUGAAGAGGAGUCGUUUGACGUUGGUAAUAAGGCCUUCCUCUCGAUGGCCUCCGCUAACACCAACGAUGCCCUGAGGUUCGCCUACGUCUACCAGCGCCAGCAGCAGCCCCUCUGUGACGCCUUGCUGAGGAACAGGGACAGCGGCCUCCCCCAGGUGGUGAUUCUGGAGCGGCGGAAUGCGGCUGGCAAGGUCUUGUACAAGCCCCUCCUGAGCGUGUGGAACGGCAGUGAGAAUGACAAGCACCGCUUACGCGAAGAGCUCCAGCAGCUCCAGAAAGACCCCUCAGUCCUCAACCACGACGCCAUCCUGCCUGAACUCAACAACGAGUUCGCCUCUAUGUUUCUGAUUCGAUGGGUUUUCGCAGCAUAUGAUUACUUGACCGAAAUCAUUGAUGACCUCCUUCACAACAACUGGCGUGAGAUGAUGCCUCUGCUGUCCCUGAUGUUCUCAGCAUUAUUCAUCUUAUUUGGCACUGUUGUCAUCCAGGCCUUCAGUGACUCCAGUGAAGAACAGCCAGCAAAGCCCAAACCGAAAGAGGGAUCAAAGACAGAAAAUGGGUCACCAAACAGCGGCGGGGUUUCAAGUCGGCCACCAAAGAAGAAUUUCGUGGAGGUGACAGAGCUGACAGACAUCACCUACAUGAGCAACCUGGUGAAGCUCAGGCCAGGACACACCAACGUAGUCCUGGUGCUGACGGAUGCCACAAAAAACAUCCUUCUUAGCAAGUUUGCCAAGGAAGUCUAUUCCUUCACAGGGAGCCUGACCCUGCACUUCUCCUUCCUGAACGUGGACAAGCACGGCCAGUGGAUGGGCACGCUGCUAGAGUUCGCCCAGGACGCUGUGCAGAUGGACACGGACGAGGACGAGAGUGGCAACCGCCGGGUGGACUACACCGGCUACGUCCUAGCCCUCAACGGACACAAGAGGUACAUGUGUCUCUUCAAGCCCGUCUACACCGGCGAGGACCACGACAGGUCCGACAAGGAGGAGGCGGUGGCGGGGGGAGGUUCUUCUGCCUUCUCAGGGCGUCGCUCUCGGUCCAGAUCCAGAUCCAGGUCUAGGUCCAGCUCACGUGAAGACCACCACCACCAGCACCAGUCGCGGAAGGGGGCGGCCCGCUCCAUGCGCUCCACCACCCUGCAGACCCACCACAAGCUGGACCGGCUGGGGCUGUGGAUGGAGAGGCUGAUCGAGGGAACGCUGCCCCGCUACUACAUACCCGCCUGGCCUGGCCUGGACAAGAUCACAGUCACCAAGUAAACCCUAGUAGUCUGAGCCACAAUGCAGCACUGUACAUUUUGAAGUGUUCAUUCAAUACUUAAAAAGUGGGGUCAACACUAUGGGUGUUAAUUUCGACAAGUUUUGAAUUAAUGCUAGAAAAAUGGUUGUGUGAGCUAUACUAGUGUUUGAGGAUGUCCUUUGCGUCUCAGCUGUGGCCUAGGUGUUGGAAUGAAAAGAUAUAUGCCGGUAGUGUUUACCUAGAGGAAAAAUAUUGCUUCUUAUUUUUUAAAACAGAAGUAUUACAAAAGCUCUUCUGUUAAGAUGUCUUUGAAGCAUCCACAUAGAGUACAGUAGACAUUCUUCUAACACUUUCCACGCUAGCCUCAUAACCAACACUGCCCUGUGAAAAGGACCUACCUAAAUUUAAUAAGGAGUUUAAAAUUGACAAUGGCCGUACUGUUGUUUUUCUGCCUGACAGGUUUUUACAAGGGGAAAAAAUGCUAACCUCUUAUGUACUUCUGAGACACUGAUACUAUGAAUAAGGACUAAGUUGAUGUUUUCCUCUAGGUAAUGGCAGAGGGCUUGUCAUGAAACUGAUACAUGGGCCAAAAUGGGUCUAUGUUUGUGAUUUACACUGCCUGAUUUGGUAGAUUAACACUUACCGUGCUAGAGUUUUACAGAGCUGUUUGUUCUGUGAAAAAAAAAGAUGUUAUGGUCUUCUAGACUUCAGUACAACUUAUGCAGUUGAAAUAAGAGGUCAUUUUAUUUGAAGGUGUCUACAUUAGAGUGACAUAAGCAUGUUAUGACCGUGGCAUGACACAUUGUGAUAUCACAAACAUGAAUGACUUCAUUGUUCAUGAGUAAGCGACCAUUGCAAAAACCCAAUAGCACUUAGUGACAACAGUUAUUAUAAUAAUACAGUGCCAAUGCAUAUAUGCAGAUGAUGUGUCGUAAUGUGUUUAUAAAGAGCCCAUGCCACCCUCAUGUAGACACCCUAACGUAAAAUGGUACCGAAUAAGUCAUGCCAUCUUGUCCUAGCAUGCUUUGUUGUAUGUGCUGCUCUUUUGAUGUUUAUAUCUAAACAAGUGAAAUCACUGUGGAUGCAAGUGGAGUGGUACCAGAGCCGGACUGAGACCACCCCCCGGGAAAUGCCCUGAAUGCUAGAUUCCCAGUCCGGGCUUGAGUGGUACACCACUCCACAUUUAUUCAACCACAUAUCUUAUUUAUUUCAUUGCUUAUAUUUAUAUCAUUUGAUGUAGCUUAUUAUUGGUGGUGAACUGAUAUCAAGGGCAGUAUCCUUUCUAGGCUGUAGUCUUAGGCACAGGAACUGCAUUCAUAAGUAUUUAGGUGCGUGCCUGAGUUAGUAUUUGACUUUGAUUAUAUGGAAAGUUACUGCCAGCGAUAGCCUUGGCUUGAUGCCUUUAUUUUUUUGUAAUUCGUUUUUUAUUUCAACACAAUAAGUAACAGAUUUCAGUGGUACGUUAUGUAGAAAGGUUUUUUAUUCCCUAUUUGAUCUGAACAUGUACUUAGCAAAACAUUAUUUUGUUACAUUUAAUGAAUCAAAUAUCACUGUGACCCCAGGCAUAUGUGAACAUAACAUUUUCAACUUUUUAAGCAUUCCUAAUUUAAUUUAGGCGUCAUCCUUACCUGAACUCAAAGAUGACUGAUUUGAAUUUCAAGGUUCAGUCACAACAUGAACCAAAUCACUCCACAGACGAAUUGUGACCAUCAAGUACAAAAGGCUAACUCAAAAGAUAUGUUCAUUAAGAAAAUAGUCAAAUUAUUCAAAUGUACUUUCAUACUUUGAUGUUCCUAGUAGACUACACGUGUAGCAAGGGCAUGUCUAUGCUCUGGAUAUAUCUGUGUUUCAAGGGCCAAUUCAUGUUUUGACAACAGAUAAAAAUCCACUUUGGCCUUUUACCUAAAUGCUUUAACCCAUUGAUGACAGAGGCUGUGUAGGGCAACGUUGACCCUAGUGCCGUGAGCUGCAUGACACAGCUUUAGGCUCAUGACAUUUGAAAUUUUGGGUAUCAAAAAUGUUAGUAUGUUAGAGCUAUACGUAAGAACAUGCUGAGAUAUUAAGGUUUUUUAUAGACAGAUAGUACCUUUUCCCAAAAAUGGCUUAGGCAUUCAGGGGGUGUUUUUUGCUGAUGCUUUGGGUAUCAAUGGGUUUAACUGUUAAUGUGUGCACUGUGAAUUCAAGUUGACAGUGGACCAAAACAAUACCUGAACAAGCAGUUUUAUAGGUGUACACCAAGGAGACUGUUAAUUUACAAGUCUAUUCAUUGAAUAGUUUCAUUAAUCUAUGUGUGCCCUUCUAUUGCUUUAAGAAAUUAGGCCUAAGGCCCAAUUUUUCCAUCUUUUUCUGUGCUUUGGUGUUUUAAGAAAAUCUCUGUCUACCAGCAGUUCGCUAAUGCUGCGAAAAGGUUAAUUGUUCAUGAUGGUGAACUGUGCAUACAUGCAUUGCAUAUAUCAUUU